GGCUAUUCCGUUCUGCGAGUGUGAGCGGGCAUUGGCGGUGGUCAUAUAUCGUCGAUAUCACCCUUUGUCGCAAAAGUGUGAAAGACUUGUUCCCGAGACAUGGCAAAUAUGGGUGUAGCAGGGAACGCAGACUCCGGCAAGCCGGUUUACCAGCAAGCGCCUUCGAUGCUCAAUCGCAUCGUGUACGGCACCAAGAUUUCGACAUUGCAGCAUUGGUACUUUCAAAAGGCUGGCUUCGAGGCGUGGAAGUCAUGCUUUUGGCCACCCGCCAUACGGCCCGAUCUCAUCAAGCAGUAUGACUGUAGAAAGGCACUGCCAGUUCGCAUCUUCUUCCCCUCCGACUACGAUCAAACCUCCCCGCAAACCCUCCCGACCCUCUUCACAAUCCACGGAGGCGGCUUCUCCAUUGGCGUCCCCGACGACGACGACGAAUGGAACCGCACCUUCGCCGACCUCAACAACUGCCUCGUCGUCGCCCUGCACUACUGGAAAGCCCCCUGGGCCCCCUGGCCGCACGCCCUCCACGACCUAGAGGCCCUCUACCUCGCCAUCGUCGACGACGAGUCCCUCCCCAUCGACAAGUCGCGCAUCGCCAUGGGCGGCUUUAGCGCGGGCGGGAACCUGACGCUGUGUCUGUCGCAGAUGAAGAGCAUCAAAGAGCACAGGACCGCUGCGCCGAAAGCGAUUGUGCCGAUAUACCCGCCUACGGAUUUCGUUACGCCGACGGCGUCGAAGAGGGAUCGCAGGCCGUAUAAAGUCGGGAAAUUACCCGGCAUCCGCGGCCAGAAGAAGGACUUUGUGCUGGAUUUCGCAGAGGUGUUUGACUGGAGCUACAUCCCCUACGGCACGAACCUCCGCGACACGCGCAUCUCGCCGCUGUACGCGGAGAGGAGCGAUUUCCCGGACAACGUGUGCGUCGUGGCCGCGGAGCUGGAUUACCUCGCCUACGAGGCGUGGGAGCUGGCGUGCAAGCUCGGCGGGAAGGGGAAGCCUGGUUCGGGAGUGGUCGGGCGGAGCGAGGUGGCCAAGACGCAGGAGCUGGUGGAGGAGGGGGACGAGAGGUUCGGGUGGGAGGUGAGGGACGGAAGGGGUAGUGUGAAGUGGUUGCUGGUGCCGGAUGUGAUUCACGCGUUUGAUUUUCAUGAGAUGGGGGCCGCGGUGUCGGAUCCGGUGAGCGUGAGGGAUGGGAAUGCGAAGGCGGUGAAGGUUAUGAGGGUUGUUGGGGACUGGUUGAGGAGGACUGCUUGGAAGGUGUGA